CAUUCAAGGAAGUGUAUAACAUUUUUAAAAUUUAUUAAAAAUUAGUGAAAAACUUGUUUAAAAUUGCAAAAAUUUUAUAAAUACUUUAAAUAAAAGUAGCUGGCUUACUUUGAAUAUUAAAUAAAGUAGAAAAUUAAGAAAAACACUUACAAAACUGUGUUUUAAACAUCAUUCGUAAUGGGUUAUGACGAACGACGCCGCCACCGUACCAGAUCUCGUUCACGAUCUCGCUCUCCCCACUCACGGGAACAUCACCAUCGCAGCCAUGGAAAAUCAAGAGAUCGUGAUCGUUCGCGAGAACGUCACUAUCAUAAAUCAUCAUAUCGCCGCAAACCUUCCCUCUAUUGGGAUGUACCACCACCCGGUUUCGAACACAUCACACCCAUGCAAUAUAAAGCUAUGCAAGCUUCUGGACAAAUACCGGCUAGUGUUAUACCCGAUAUACCACAAGCUGCUGUACCAGUAGUUGGAUCCACCAUCACUCGCCAGGCUAGACGUUUAUAUGUUGGCAAUAUACCCUUUGGUGUGACCGAAGAUGAAAUGAUGGAUUUCUUUAAUCAACAAAUGCAUUUGGUGGGUCUAGCACAGGCGGACGGUAAUCCCGUAUUGGCAUGUCAAAUAAAUUUGGAUAAAAAUUUCGCCUUUUUGGAGUUUCGUUCAAUCGAUGAGACCACUCAGGCUAUGGCUUUCGAUGGCAUAAACUUUAAAGGGCAAAGUUUGAAAAUACGUCGGCCUCAUGAUUAUCAACCAAUGCCUGGUAUGAAUGAUACACCAAGUGUUAAGCCGGCAGUUGUAUCUCCAAGUGUUAUAUCAACUGUUGUGCCGGAUUCUCCGCAUAAAAUAUUCAUUGGUGGUUUACCCAACUAUUUAAAUGAUGAUCAGGUUAAGGAGCUUUUGUUAUCAUUUGGCCAACUAAGAGCCUUUAAUCUGGUCAAGGACACUGCCACUGGUCUAAGUAAAGGUUAUGCUUUCUGUGAAUAUGUUGAUUUAAGCAUAACGGAUCAGGCUAUAGCUGGUCUUAAUGGCAUGCAAUUGGGUGAUAAAAAGUUAAUAGUACAAAGAGCCAGUGUGGGUGCUAAGAAUGCACAAAACAAUGCCACAGCAGCAGCUCCUGUAACAAUACAGGUUCCUGGCUUAUCCACUGUCAUAACAACCGGUCCACCUACCGAAGUUUUAUGUCUCCUCAAUAUGGUCACUGCUGAUGAGUUACGUGACGAAGAGGAAUACGAAGAAAUUCUUGAAGACAUUAAAGAGGAAUGCAAUAAAUAUGGUGUGGUACGCAGUGUCGAAAUACCACGACCCAUUGAUGAUGUUGAUGUCCCCGGAUUGGGCAAAGUAUUUGUGGAAUUCAAUUCGGUUAUCGAUUGUCAAAAGGCUCAACAGGCCUUAACGGGUCGCAAAUUUAGUGAGCGUGUCGUAGUCACUUCCUACUAUGAUCCGGAUAAAUAUCAUAGACGUGAAUUUUAAGCAAAUCGUAAACAUGCCGUAAUUUUUAAACUGUUAACAAUUUUAUCUCUAAAUUUAUAUUAAAAUUUGUAUAAAUUAUAUUUACAAAAUACCAGAAAAGAAAAAAGUACACAUAUUUUUAAUAAUACUUUGAAAAACUCAUAGUCAUUGCUAAUAAACUGUUUUUAAUUUUAAAAUCUC